AUGGGGAUGAGGCCCCUGAGGCCCCAGAACUGUCUUUUCAGUUGUGAACUAAAGGCCAACAAAGAUUAUCACUUUAAGGUGGAUAAUAAUGAAAAUGAGCACCAGUUACCUUUAACAACAAUCAAUUUAGGGGCUGGUGCAAUGGAUGAAUUGGACAUUGUUGAAGCAGAGGCAAUGAAUUACGAAGGCAGUCCAAUUAAAGUAAUACUGGCAACUUUGAAAAUGUCUGUACAGCCAGUGGUUUCCCUUGGGGGCUUUGAAAUAACACCACCAGUGGUCUUACAGUUGAAGUGUGGUUCAGGGCCAGUGCAUAUUAGUGGACAGCACUUAGUAGCUGUGGAGGAAAAAGCAGAGUCAGAAGAUGAAAACAAGGAGGUUGUGAAACUCUUAAGUAUAUCUGGAAAGCAGUCUGCCCCUCGCGGUGGUAGCAAGCUUCCACAGAAAAAAGUAAAACUUGCUGCUGAUGAAGAUGAUGAUGAGGAUGAUUUUGAUGAUAAGGAAACUGAAGAAAAACACCAAUCAAAUGGACAAGAAUCCUUCAAAAAACAGCAAAAAACUCCUGAAACACCAAAAGGACCUAGUUCUGUAGAAGACAUUAAAGCAAAAAUGCAAGCAAGUAUAGAAAAAGGUGGUUCUAUUCCCACAGUGGAAGCCAAGUUCAUCAGUUAUGUGAAGAAUUGCUUCCAGAUGACUGACCAGGAGGCUAUUCAAGAUCUCUGGCAGUAG